UCCAGUUUAAGUCCAUAUUGUUUCAAGACAGUCGUGUACAAUGUCUCGUGUGAGUAUAUCUGAAGUAAAUGGUAUGCCUGAAGAGCAGUUCCAGUGGGUGUUUAAGAAUGUGAUAGAGCUGUGUCAAGACGCGGCGGAACAAGUAAAGAAAUGCCGCCCGUUCCGUGACAUCGCUGAACUUUGUACUGCGUUCCACAAAUAUUUAGACAAUCUUUGUCUCGAAGAAAAAUUGGUAAUAUUAAAACUACAUCCUGACCUUGCGGGUCGCCUGGCCUCCCAGGGAGAAUUGACCAAAGAGUCGACAGAGGAGCAACAGAGUGCCGGUCUCGAUAAGUUGACGUUGAUACAAAAAACAAUGAUCGAUAUAUGCAACGAGCGAUACAAAGAAAAAUUUGGAUUUCCGUUUAUCAUUUGUGCCCGGGAAAACAAAGUUCAAUCUAUAAUCAAUGGAUUACAAACUCGAUAUAACAAUACAAAAGAACAGGAAAUAGAAAUUGGGAUCAAUGAGGUUAAGAAGAUUUGUAAAUUAAGAAUAUUGGAUAUCAUAAAAGAAAAUUAAUUUGUUUUGUUGAAAAGUUAAGAUAUAUAAUAAAAUAACUCACAACCUUA